AUGACGUCGGCCACCAAGGUGUACUACAGCCAGACCACGCAGACCGACAGCCGCCCUCUCAUCGGCACGGCGCUGCGCCGACGCCGCGUUAUGACCAAGGAUGGCCGCAGCAACGUGCGCAUGGAGCACAUCGCCGACAAGCGCUUCCUGUACCUCAAGGACCUGUGGACCACCUUCAUCGACAUGCAGUGGCGGUACAAGCUGCUCCUCUUCUCUGCCACCUUUGCCGGCACCUGGUUCGCGUUCGGCGUCGUUUGGUACCUGGUGGCGGCGGUGCAUGGCGACCUGCUGGAGUUCGAGCCGCCGGCCAACCACACGCCGUGCGUCAUGCAGGUCCACACACUCACCGGUGCCUUCCUCUUCUCCCUGGAGUCCCAAACCACCAUCGGUUACGGCUUCCGCUACAUCAGCGAGGAAUGCCCGCUGGCCAUCGUGCUGCUCAUCACCCAGCUGGUCCUCACCACCAUCAUGGAGAUCUUCAUCACCGGGACCUUCCUGGCCAAGAUUGCCCGGCCCAAAAAACGAGCGGAAACCAUCAAGUUCAGCCAAAACGCCGUGGUGGCCCAACACGACGGCAAGACGUGCCUGAUGAUCCGCGUGGCCAACAUGCGCAAGAGUCUCCUGAUCGGCUGCCAGGUGACGGGCAAGCUGCUGCAGACCCACCUCACCAAGGAGGGCGAGAGCGUGCGGCUCAACCAACUCAAUGUGGACUUCCAGGUGGACACGUCGUCCGACAGCCCCUUCCUCAUCCUGCCGCUCACCUUCUACCACGUGGUGGACGACGCCAGCCCCUUCCGCGACACGGCGCUACGGACGGGCGAGGGGGACUUUGAGCUGGUUGUCAUCCUCAGCGGCACCGUGGAGUCCACCAGCGCCACGUGCCAGGUGCGCACCUCCUACCUCCCCGAGGAGAUCCUCUGGGGCUACGAGUUCACCCCCGCCAUCUCGCUGUCGGCCAGCGGGAAGUACGUGGCGGAUUUCAGCCUCUUCGACCAAGUGGUGAAGGUGGCCGCCCCGUGCUGCGUCCGUGAGACCGUGAGGUUCGGGGACCCCGAGAAGGUGAAGUUGGAGGAGACGCUGCGGGAGGCGGCGGAGCGCGAGGGAGCACCGCUCAGCGUCCGCAUCAGCAACGUCUGAGCCACUGCCGGAACCGGGGCGGCCACCGGCGGCCACCGAUGUCACCACCAGCACUGGAGAUGAUGCCACCAGCGCGGGGAGAUGUCACCAGCUCUGGAGAUGUCACCACCAGCAGCCCUGGAGAUGCCACCACUAGGGUGGGGAGAUGCCACCACCACCGGAGAUACCACUACCAACCAGCCCUGGAGAUACUGCUACCAGCCCUGGUGAUGCCACCACCAGCAUGGGGAGAUGCCACCAGCUCUGGAGGUGUCACCACCAAGGCACAGAGAUGCCACCGUCAGGGCAAGGAGAUGCCACCACCACUGGAGAUGUCACCAGCAGUCCCAGAAAUGCCACCAUCGGCAUGGGGAGAUGCCUCCAGCCCUGCAGAUCCCACUACCAGCCCUGAAGAUGUCACCACCAGCCCUAGGGGUGAUGUCACCAGGACAGGGAGAUGUCAUCAUCACUGGAAAUGCCACCACCAGUCCUGGAGGUGCCAUCACCACCAGCACUGGAGAUGCCACCGGUGCAGGGAGAUGCCACCACCAGGGCAGGAAGAUGUCACCACCACUGAAGAUACCACUACCAGCCAGCCCUGGAGAUGCCCUUACCACUGGAGGUGCCUUCACCAGGGUGGGGAGAUGCCACCAGCUCAGCCCCCAUCUCCACCCCUCCUGAGUCACUGUCCUCCUCUCCGUGCAGGGCUGCUCGGACCCCCGCUCGCUGCUGGGACCACCUCAGCCCAUUUGGGGACAGUGUUGUCCCCGUCCCUGUCCCCAUGCCCUAAUGCUCUGCUAACGCCCUCCA